AUGCAAUUGAAUGGCUCCCGUUUCGGGGCUUUCAUUCUUAUCCUCCUCCAGAGUCUUCAGCUUGUACAAGCAGAGAAUCUCAUCAGAGCCACCGGGCUGACACAAUGUUCCGACAGUGCCGAAGUGACCGUGAAUAACUUCAAGGCGGUUUUUACACCACGCAAUAACUCCAUAAGCAUUAUCUUUGAUGGUUAUUCCGAAGUAGCCGGCGAGGUGCUCAUUGAUGUAGAACUCUUGGUGUACGGAUACAGAGCUCUCAACCUGUCAUUCGAUCCAUGCAGUCUUGAUUUGGCAGUAUUCUGUCCUAUGAAGGCCAUCGAACUCCAAAUUCCCACAAUCACCGAAACGUUGGGCGACGACAUUCUCGAUCAAAUUCCAUCAAUCUCCUACGGCGUCCCUGACAUCGAUGCAAUCGUCCGCCUCAAGCUCAAAUACAAAAGUGGAGGGAAACAGAUCACCUGCUUGGAGACCCGUCUCAGCAAUGGGAAAACAAUCUAUCAAGCUGGUGUGUCGUGGACACUCGCCGUCAUAACCGGUCUCGGUCUCGUCACCUCCUCGGUCAUAUCGCUUCUCGGUCAUUCGAACACGGCAACUCAUCUUGCUUUCCGGUCGCUCGCCUUCCUCGGAUUCAUCCAAUCACAGGCAAUGGUAGGAAUGACUUCAGUGAAACUGCCACCGUUUGUGCAAUCAUGGACUCAAAACCUGCAAUGGAGCCUGGGAAUUGUGAAGUCGAAAGAUCUGCAGACAAUCGCGACCUGGUUCCAACGCUCCACCGGCGGUCAACCCUCGAGCGUGUUGACGUCCUCCAGUCUUGUAUCUACUGUCUUGCAAAAGCGUUCCGCAAUCCAUCGCAGAGCCGCAGAGGAAGGAAGUCAAAUUCUUCUUCGCGGUAUUGAACGGGUCGGAAUUCGUGCUUCCGUCGAACUGAGCAACAUCUUUAUGACCGGUUAUCUAUUCUACUACUUUGUCACCGCAGUCGUCGUGGCUUGUGUAGCUGUGGUGCUGCUGGUCCGAGCGCUUCUAGCCAAGAAACAGACAUCACUUCCAGAAUUAGACCGCACUAUGGGUGCCGCCGGAGAUUGGAAAUCUAUUCUCCGCAAUACCUUCUUCCGGUUGGCAUGCAUCGGGUACCCGCAGAUGUGUAUCCUUUGUCUCUGGGAACUCACUCGUCGGGAUUCAGCCGCCGAAAUCGUCCUGGCCGUUACCAUGUGGGUAGUGACAACCGGCGUCUUGGCCUUCGCCACGUUCAAGGUAUUCCAACGCGCGAUACGAUCGAAACAGCAGCACAACACACCUGCGUACACUCUUUACUCCGACCCUGCCACUCUGAACCAGUGGGGUUUCCUGUAUAUCUACUACCGCGCUCCAGUCUACUAUUUCCUUGUCCCAACCCUGGUCUACACUAUUGCUAAAGGAAUGACUAUCGCCUUCGCCCAGCCUGCACCGGUCGCACAGUCGAUCAUUCUUCUUAUUGUGGAAAUUCUCAUGAUGCUCGCAACCGCCAUCAUCAAGCCGUUCAUGAGCAAGGGGGCAAAUGUCAUUGCAAUCAUAGCGACGGUACUCGCUUCCCUGAAUUCGAUCUUCAUUCUUGUCUUCUCCAAUAUUUUCGACCAACCUCCUCUCAUGACUGGUAUCUUGGGUGUGCUCUUCUUCAUCUUGAAUGCAAUUUUCACUCUUGUGCUCCUGAUCUACCUUUUGAUUGGUAUCGUUUUCGCCAUUUUCUUCAAGAAGCCCGACACCAAAUACAAACCUCUUGGCGACGACCGCAACUCUUUCCUCUGGUCGGGUACCGGCACGACGACCGAGUUGUCAUCCCUCGAGAAGAUCGCAAGAGGCGAGGAGGAUGCAGAAGGUCACCCCCAUCCCGCGCCCGUGGUCACUGCUCCACCUAGUGACGAAGAUGUGUCAAUGGCAGCUCGAAGACCAUAUAAUGAUGUUGUGGAUCCUUCGCUGCCGCUCUUCCCGACCAGCUAUGAUCAUACUCGACGAUCGUCGUGA